CGGCGCCGGCGCCGGCGGGGGAGAGAGACAACCUCCACCACCCCCACGGCAGCUGUAUGGCCGUCAUGACGUCGCUGCCGCGGUGCGCCCACGGCGGCGGCGGCGGCUCCUCGCUGGCUGGAUCUCCUGGUGGCUAUCCAUUCUGUACUUGUUGUCACUUUUUGUUGUCUCAAAAGGAAAAGCGGGAUAAUAUCGAGGAACUAAUCAUAGUUCUUGUCCUUUCUCUUUUUUCCAAUGUCGAAAGCAUCUAGUAUGACUAAUAUGUCUAUAGCCACCACAUCGUGAUUUUCUUUUUCGCAAGAUUGUUGUAGUUUUAAUAUGGCCUGCGUUCCUAGAAUUUUAUUCGGUAAGAUUUGACAAUGCGUUGAUGCAGCGCUGAUUUUUUUGGUUAUUGCCAAGUUUCCCCUGUUUGAGAAACAAAGACAGACAGCUGAUCACAUAGAGAAGUUCAGUGUUGCAAUGUCUGAAUCCUGCCUGUAUUUUGCCUCAUUUUUCUGUUAGUAAUUUCUUAUACCAAUCCAUCCAGCAAUAUUUGUAGUUUUUAAGCGACAAUUUUAGGUCAUGUUUGGUUCAACUUCUGCUGGAUUUUGCUACUCAGAAGCAAUAAGCUAAACCAAACAGUACAUUUUUAAAAAUGGUUUCUAAGAAGAAAAGUUGUUGUUAUUACACAUAUUAUAUAUUUUAUCUGCAUCAAAAGCCAAUUUAAAAACUGAUUUUCUAUAAUCAGCUUUUGGAAAAGCCUCAGCCCAACCAAAUAUGUAUAAUACGGCUGUACAAUGAGCUUAUUCUAACCAAAUAAUUGCCUAUUUACAUAAUGUCUGUAUAUGACAUGGUCAGAUAAUAUUCUAUCAACAUCUUCAAUUGUGCUCCAGGAACUUUAGAGUUGCCACGUUCAUCUGUUGUCCUCCUUUCCAUUUCCAUGCUCAUUUCGAUACCAAAUUCUGGCUCCUUUUCCGCUGUUCUUGUGGCUCAAAGAUACAUAAGACUAGAUCACAAAAACCAACUUUGAGUGUGCAAUUAGAACAAACUCUGGACCAUCAGCUUAGCAACAGGGCAAGCCAACAGUUGCUUUAGCUUCUGGGCUUGGUUUUGGUUGGGCUCACACGUCUCUCAUCGGUCGGAGGCAGCUGAUUUGGUAGGAAAUCUGAGCCUUGAUAGAUCCCUUGACAGAUUUGUUGGGCAAUCAGAGUGUUUAGUGAGAAACUGUACUAUCUCAAAUCCAGAACGUUGUCAUGUAACCUCAUGUGAGGGGUGGUAUCAGUUUGGUAGGCUACAAAAGUACUUGUUUUGUCUUAUCCUAUCAUGAUAGAUCCAUUUGCUUAUAAUAAGCAUCAUAAGCUAGUAUUUAAGAUAGCGUAGAACCACAUUGUCUUUGUGUGUGUCAAUAGUAUUGAGGACCCUGAAGAAUUGUUGGCUCUGGGAUGCUGGGGCAGCUAGCACUGUGGGCUAAAAUUGCCAAUGAAGUGUCAUGUGGAUCACCAAGAUGGAUAGGGAGAGGCCUCUCUUGUGUAUGCAUCAAGCGAAAAGGUGCAUAUGAAAGAAUAUGCAUGAACCUCACACCAGUGCAGGAAGAAAGACUUCAGAGAUUAAAGCAUCGCACGAAGGUUUAUUUUGAUCCGUCUAGACGAGAUCACCAGGAAGCCCUGAAAGCUCUUUGGAAUGCGACGUAUCCUGAUCAAGAACUUCAAGGGUUGAUAUCUGAACAGUGGAAGGACAUGGGUUGGCAAGGAAGAGACCCAUCAACUGACUUUAGAGGCGCAGGAUUCAUAUCUCUGGAGAAUCUUCUAUUCUUUGCUAAGACAUUCUCUGCCUCAUUUCAGAGACUGCUAAAGAAACAAUGUGGUAACAGAGCCACAUGGGAGUACCCAUUUGCAGUUGCCGGUGUAAAUAUUACAUUCAUGAUCAUGCAGAUGCUUGAUCUCCAGUCAACUAAGCCAAGAACAUUUGUGCGAGCCAUUUUCGUCCAAAUGCUCUCAGAGGAUGAGUGGGCAUUUGAUCUUCUCUACUGCAUCGCAUUUGUUGUGAUGGACAAGCAGUGGCUGGAGAAGAAUGCCUCUUACAUGGACUUCAAUGAGGUACUGAAGUCAACCCGAGCCCAGCUGGAGAGGGAGCUUAUGCUGGACGACGUGAUGCGGAUCGAAGACAUGCCAUCAUACAGCCUGCUUUGCUAGUGACAAAAAUACCAAAUGUGCGGGAGAACAUAACUGAGGUCAUGGUUCAACUGUAUAGCAUCUCCCUUUGUUGAUUUCUGGGAGGAAUUUUUUAGCAACUAUGUAUGGCGAUGGCUUACUGGCGCCAUGCUGAGUUUGGGCACCUGUAAACAACUCCUUGGUGCAUUACCAUACUGAAUUUCGCCAGCAUCUGGCCCCAAUGUUGGUGAAAUUCAUAUCGACAAAUUUCAGGAGCAGAAUUUGUUCUUUGCUA